AUGAAGGUUGCCUCGCAGGCUGCUUCGCAUUCGCACGAGGGUGUGUCCCUAGCGUUCUCAAGAUCAGACGAUACUCCUCUAGUUGACGAGGUUCGUCAAUUGGUUGAUGAGGUUCACCUGUUCAACGAUGCUCGUCUUAUUGAUGAGGGAAAACUUUCCCCCUUCAAAACCCUAACUCCGCCCGCUACUCCUCCUCCGCGGCCGCCGUCGCANCCCAAAGAAGAAGAUCCCGAUGAGAUCCUCUGCUCCUCUCUCAGCACCGCCUGCUCCCUCUCCACUCCCAUCACUAACCCUAACCCUAGCCCUAAUGGCUCUCUGAAAUCAUCACCUGAUUCUUCUCACAUCGAGAGAGCCUGGGCCCACUGGAAGAACCUCGGAGCUCCGAAGCUCGUGGUGGCGCCAAUGGUGGACAACUCCGAGCUCCCCUUCAGGAUGCUAUGCAGGAAGUACGGAGCCCAGGCUGCGUACACGCCGAUGCUCCAUUCGAGGAUCUUCUCUGAGAAUGACAAGUAUCGGUCCAUGGAGUUCACUACUUGCAAGGAGGAUCGGCCGUUGUUUGUCCAGUUCUGUGCAAAUGAUCCAGACACUUUGUUGGAAGCGGCGAAAAUUGUGGAGCCUUAUUGUGAUUAUGUCGAUAUAAAUCUGGGAUGUCCACAGCGGAUUGCUCGACGAGGAUACUAUGGUGCUUUUCUCAUGGAAAACCUUCCUCUCAUAAGGUCACUAGUCGAGAAGCUGGUGGCUAAUCUCCAAGUUCCAGUUUCAUGCAAGAUCCGCAUUUUCCCAAAUCCGCAAGACACAAUCUCAUAUGCGAAGAUGCUUGAGGAAGCUGGCUGCUCUCUUGUAGCUGUCCAUGGUCGCACGAGGGAUGAAAAGGACGGGAAGAAAUUCCGAGCUGAUUGGAAUGUCAUCAGAUCAGUAAAGAACGCUCUCCGGAUUCCUGUUCUUGCUAAUGGAAACAUACGGCACAUGGAAGAUGUCAAAGAGUGCUUGGAUCAAACUGGCACUGAUGGUGUGCUUUCAGCCGAGACUCUUCUUGAGAAUCCUGCACUCUUUGCAGGAUUUAGGACAGCAGAGUGGAGAGAGAGUAUUGGGGAUGACCAAAGUAGUGAUGUUGUGAAUGGUGAGGGAUUAUUAAACCAGGCAGAUCUUGUGGAAGAGUAUCUGAAGCUGUGCGAGCAAUAUCCAGUACCAUGGAGAAUGAUCAGAUCUCAUGUGCACAAGAUGUUGGGGAAUUGGUUUAAGCUCCAUCCUGAAGUGAGAGAGGAGCUGAAUCGCCAAUCAAAGCUCACCUUCGAGUGGUUGCACGAGAUGUUGGGCAAGCUUCGGAGUCUUGGGGGUGGUGUUCCACUUUACCCUGGUCCAACUAAUACUAAUAAAUGUGCACAAAAUGGAUUUAGUACUUGCAGUUCAUGAUGCAGAUAAGAUACCUCAAGAUUAAGAUCAAACCAUUGGCUUCCAUUCUUAUGAAUUAUAGCAGCUACCGAAGUGCUUCAUUUUUGUACCUGAUAUUUGGGGCGCGGAGGUAGAAAGAAUUCUUACCAUUGCACUAAGGUGAUUUAUUUGAAUGUUAGCUACAUUUUUGUCAGACAUUUAUUUAACAUAAAUAUAUGUAUUAUUGUAACAUCAAAUUUGUUAUCUAUUCAUUGCAGUAAAAACUGAAUGUAAGUGACGGUUGGUGUGGAUGGUGCCUUUUAUGCAUUUGGUCGAGUACUCUGAGUUGUA